CUACUGGAAGACAAAGUGCAAAGAUAGGAAACGAUUUGCUUGACACUUUGGCAGAUCAGUCGGGAGCUCUUGAGCAUUGAUCAGUUUGGAGCACAACCUACGGUUUAAUCUGUCUGCAGCUUGAGGGGUCAAGGUGUAAACUCCAGGACUGUAAGGUGGAUAACUAGAUAUCAAAAAAAAAAAAUCAGAGAAUUGAAGAACGCGAUUAAAAAAGGUUUCUGCUUAGAUUCUUCUUCACACUCUCUGACUUCACAUUGGCUACCCACUGGUCAAAAAGAGGAACGCUACGUAACCCAUUGGGGUGGAAUUAAACGAUUCACUUUAUUCCACUUAUCAUUUUAAUGUCAGUUUGUGUUGAAAUUGUAAAUCCAAUGAAACAUUACUCAUUCAGAAACGGUGCAAGAAUUCUCUUUGCUUUGCAUGCGGCCCUUUGUUAUUUACUGCUCUUUCAAAUAUGGGAGUUCCAUCUGCCAGUAAUUAUCCAUUGACUCACUUUUUUUUGAAAUUAGAAAAAAGGAAGAAAAUUUAUGCUUUUGCUGUGUUACUUGGAAUGUACUAAUAAAUAGUAUAUUCAUACAUUUUUAAAAAAUUCGACCUUUUUUCCCUUCCCUCUUCUUCUUUUUCAUUCUAAACAACUUUCCAUUUCUUUUCUUGAAACAGCAAAAAGAACACAGUUUCAUUUUCCUAUUAAAAGCACACAUUUGUUUUAAUCGUCAUCUCAAAAUUGAAUGAAGAAUUGACAAAAAUGGAUGGUAUUGGAAGAGGGAGAGUGGAGGUGAUAGCCAGCAAGGGGUGUUCAAGGCUAUUUAGAGAUUUUUCUUCCUCGUUCAGAAGCCUCCAGUCUUUCUCCUUGGAGCCCACGUCCCCUACUUCCAGUGCCCCUGAAGUUCUUGAAUAUCCAGUGAAAUCGAUGAAAUCCAAUAGCCCGUUCUCUGGCCUUGUCAUUUGCGUUACUGGACUCUCUAUAGAAGCAAGAAAGCAGGUGAAGAAAGCAACAGAGAAAUUGGGAGGUCAAUAUAGUCCUCAUCUCCAUCCUCAAUGUACUCAUUUGGUGGUUCAGAGCUCUCAUGGGCACAAGUUUGAGCAUGCAUUGAAACAUGGACCAAGAAAUGGUCUGUUUUUGGUUACAAUAAGCUGGUUCGUCGACAGUGUCAAAAAGAACGAGAGGUUGAAUGAGUCACUUUAUAGAGUUAAUCAUAAUGGAGAAACAGGUGCCAUGAACAGUGAUUCGAAGCGGCUUGAUCAGAAUACUGACAGUAAGAAAUCUUCUCAUCCUGUUGAUUCAAUUGAGUAUAGCGGACAAUCUGGCUUUCUCGGAGGACCACACUUGCGGUUUUCAGAAAGACAUUCAAAAAGAAUUGUAGCUUCACCCUUUUCUGGUCAAUCAAUUUAUGUUGACAAUGAUGUCUCCUCUGAUCUUUGCAGUAAGGUAGCUGAGGCUGUCUCUGCAGAAGGUGCUAGUUUACUUGAUCAAUGGUAUGUUGGCUGUGAUGCCAAUUAUAUUGUGUGCGAAGGAUCUUCGGUUCGAAAAUAUCUUGGGCACUCCUGUAAUCUUGUUACACCAGCGUGGGUUCUGAAGUCUGCAAAGGAAAAUUGUGUGCAGAGGCUUGUACAUAUGUCUGCAGAUUUGGCAGGGCAAACUGGGUCAUUGCUUGGCACAAUUGAAAAUGGUAUUUUUAAGGAGGGGAUCAAUGGGAUAACACAUCCUGCUGCUGUACCUCGUUUUAUAAUUAAUAAAAGCCAGGUCGAAAGGCAAAAUAUUACAAACCUUGCUAAAGAUGGUGUCAGAAGGCGUCGGAAUCUCCAUAUGCGGCAGACAUGUAAAACACCAUUACAUCCAAUAACCCCAAGCAGCCUUUUGGAUUCCAUCUGCUGGUCAAUAUCUGAGCCAACUUCCUCUGCUUCUAUUUAUACAUAUUCUUCAAGUGCUGAGAAUGGCAUCAAAAACCAGACAUGUCCGAUUGUUGAGACAAAAGAGGACGUUAGCAAAUCAGGGACUUCAUUUGUGAACUUAUCCCGACCGCUUACAGAAAGUGAGAAAUCUGGGUUAAUAUUCAAAAGCCAUUUCCUUACUAUACUGUUUCCAAUUGAUCGAUAUUUGGAGAUGGGCCCUCGUUCAAGGACAUUUUUCAGCGAGAAAGGCUUUGCAUGUUUGCAGGUGUUGGAUUAUAUCUAUGCAUUUUACCAGGAGAAUAUGUCGACUGAUGAAAUAGAAGUAGCCAUCCACACAGAUUCAAGAAAUGCUGACCGGCUUCGAUUAGCCUCUUGA